AACCACUAAUGUAAAGUGGGGGUAGCUUACCAACAAGAGUAUAUUGUUGUAUGUCUAUUGCUUUUGGGAGAGAAGCAACUGUUCUUAUUUUGUAAAGUUGUGUUCUUUCUCCACCCUCCUUUCCAUUCCAGAAAAAAAAUCAAAUGGAAUCGCCUUUGGUGUAAUUUAGCCUUCGAUGGUUUCCGUAGGAAUGCGCAUCAGCUGACUGACUCGAGAAAAGUCAGAAAGGAGACAAUCACAAACAAAUUAUCGGCAGAUGUCCCAGUUAUUAAUUGCAGCUAACGCUAUCAUAACCAUGGAGUCGACUCUCGAGCAACAUCUGGAUGAUACCAUGAAGAAUCCAGCCAUUGUCGGAGUUCUCUGCACGGACCAACAAGGACAUAUUCUAGGCUGUCGUGGCUCUCUGUCUGAUGAGCAUGGGGGAGUGGUAUCUGUACUGGCCAGACAGGCAGCCUCUCUCACCAGAGACCCUACAGACAGUCCCACAGUGUGCCUGGAGUCAGAUUCAGGGAAUAUUCUAGUGAGAACACAUGGAGCCAUCACCGUAGCUGUUCACAAGAUGGCGUCAUGAGGUCACCUAAUGAAGAUAGAUGAGGCUGUUUUGUAAAUCUGUUUGUUCACUAAUGCUAAAUAAUCAUACCCAAUAUAAAGUCUGGAUCUGGGAGGUCACAUUGAAGUUGCAGAAGAUUGUUUUUUUGUUUUUUUCACUGUGUUUGGCCAAGAGUCAUAUUUAAAAGUCAAGUACAUGCAUACUAUUUGAGUUGUGUUUUGUAUAUGUUUUAAUAGGGUCUGAUCUGUUUUUGGGGCGACUUAUUUCUUAUUCAUUAACUGGCUAAUACUUUUUUUGGACAUUCAUCUGAAAUCAGGUCUGAUUUUUCAAAUCCAUGUAGAAAUAUUGUAUAUGUUCAUAUUAAAAGCAAUGUCACAGUU